AUGCGUCAUCAUAUCUACAAACUCAUCAUUGGCGGUGCUCUUUUCCGCGCCCCAAUUGCCGACAACCACGCACUGCGCACUCUCGACCUAGGCUGUGGAACAGGCAUCUGGCGUAUAGAAAUUGCCGAUGAGCAGCCGACUGCAUUGGUCAUUGGGACUGACUUAUCUCCAAUUCAGUUAGAACGGGUUCCACCGAAUUGCAAAUUCUAUGUCGACGAUAUCGAGAGUGAAUGGGCAUAUCCACCGGCCGAGCAUUUCGACUACAUCCAAGGCAGAGCCCUUUGUGGAAGUAUUGCGGAUUGGCUAAGGUUGUUUUCUCAAUCUCUGGCCAAUCUCAAACCUGGGGGAUUGAUUGAAAUGCAAGAGUACAGCUGCAUUGUACUUAGCGAUGACGGUAUCGCCUCAGAAGCAACUCAUCUCCUGGAGUGGGCUGAGCAGAUGAACGAGGCAAGCAAGAAAUCCGUUAAAGAGCUAAGGGUUUGCGCCCUCCUCAAGAAGAACAUGGAGGACGUCGGCUUUGUCGAUGUCCACGAAGAAAUCUACAAGGUGCCUAGCGGGCCCUGGGCAAAGGGCAAGCGGAGUAAAGAAGUAGGCCUCUACUACCGUGCUCAAUUUGUCGACGCCGUGGAGCCCUUCACCAUGACAUUGUUCACGAGGGUGCUUGGGUCCAAUGCGGAAGAUGCGAAGAAAGAUGCGAAGAAGUUGGUUGACCGCUUCAAAACCGAUUUGAUCAAUCCGAAAUUGCACAUGUACGUGCAUCUUUAUUAUAUCUGGGGCAGCAAACCAAAAUAA